GUUUUGUAUAAAAUCAAAUCACUUUUUGACGAAUUCCUCAGAAUAAAAAUAUGUUCAUUGUAUAAUAAAUAUCUAUUUUAUCACAAAAGUAGCAGUCAUUACCUAUCAUAAAUAUCUGCUUCAUAAUGAAUGGCUGCUGCUGGCCAUAACACUUAUAAUGACCAAAAAAAAUAUAGUCUAAAGGCAAUAAUAUUUGGAACAGAUGACAGAUUUAGUAGGAAAUCACAUUUUAUCUUUUCCUUACGAAGAAAGCCAUUUUUGUCACCACAAAAUUCUAAGUAGAUCUUAGCCCAGAUUUGACCAUCAGUUGCAUAUACAUGCAUUCAAACAAAUGCAUUCAAGAAGCAAUGUGAUGUACAAAUUUUACUCCAUUGUCUUCCAUGAGGAUUUCCGAUUUAAAAAUCAGCAUUUCUAAUUCUGACACAUGUUACACUUGCAACUUAUUCAUUGUGCAAUAUAAGGCAAAUCCCACUGAGAAAUAGUAGUACCAGAAAAAAACCUGAAAAUGUAUGAAAGGAAAGCUGAGACCACUGAAAACGAUGGAAUAAGAGGAAAUCAAUUUCUAGAAUUUGGCAUUCAAUUACCAUUUUAAAGGACUUGUAAUAAGAAAUGUUCGUUCCAACAUUGACAAACAGCCAGAUAUUUUACUUCUGUUUGUUGUUUCGUUACAACUGUGCUGUUCAUUUCAGCAAUAUUGGGAGGAUGCCUACAUAUGCAUGUGAGCUGAGGGAAUUUCAGAAAGAAGAGAAAUGAAAUUGCAUCAUAUAUCUUGAAAAUCAUACAAACAACUUUGGUGCCACAGAUACUACUACAUUAUAUACAACAAUAUUAUUGUAGUUACUUUUAAAAAAGCACAAGAAAUCUUAUUGACAUGUUCUGUUCAAAAUAAUUUGACAAGAUUUUUUUCAACAGUGUAUGUACGAGGCGUGUUUUUAAAGUAAGUACCGUUUUAAUAUAACGCCGCUGGAGCGCUGCAGUCGGCACUUAGCGCAUGCGCGCUGUGUACCUACAUCUGCUGGGAAGCCACAAACGCCAUUACGGAGCCAAUCGACUGUGUUUACUGUUGUUUGUGUGUUAUUGAAAUGCCGCCGCUCAUUGAGAAUCCCGCCGACUGCGAAGUGCGUGCCGUUAUUCGUUUUCUCAGUGCUAAAGGCUCGAAAGCGGCUGAAAUUCAUCGCCAAAUCAGUGAAGUUUAUGGUGAAAGCGUUAUGAGUGAAGGAAUGGUACGAAAAUGGGUUAGGGCCUUUAGUAAUGGCCGCACAAACAUUCACGAUGAGGAACGAAGUGGGCGACCUUCAGUCAUUAUCGACGAUUUGAUUGAAAAAGUGGACUGUAGAGUGAAAGAGAACAGACGAUUCACGAUUUCAUCUUUAUCUAAAGAGUUUCCUGCAGUUUCAAGAAGUGUUCUCUAUGAAAUUGUGACCGGACGAUUAAAUUAUCGGAAGUUGUGUUCCCGUUGGGUGCCGAAAAUGUUGACGGAGGAGCACAAAACCAAACGUUUGGCCAGUGCAUUGACUUUUCUUGAGCGCUACAGUGACGAAGGAGAUGAUUUUUUAAGUCGUAUUGUUACAGGCGAUGAAACGUGGGUAGCCUACGUUACACCGGAAUCAAAGCAACAAUCCAUGGAAUGGCGACAUUCAUCAUCUCCAAGGAAAGUCAAGUUCAAGCAAACAAUUUCUGCUCAGAAAAUCAUGUGCACGGUGUUUUGGGACAGAUACGGAGUGUUGCUUGUUGAUUUUUUGCCUCAUCGUGAAACAAUCAAUUCAGCUGCAUACUGCGAGACUUUAAAAAAACUGCGCCGUGCAAUACAAAACAAAAGGCGGGGCUUACUGAGCAAGGGUGUCGUUUUGCUCCACGAUAAUGCUCGUCCACAUACGGCAAAUCAAACUCAAGACCUAAUCACAUCAUUUGGCUGGGAACAAUUAGACCACCCUCCAUACAGUCCCGACCUAGCGCCGAGUGACUAUCAUUUGUUUCUGCAUUUGAAGAAGCAUCUGGCAGGGCAGCGCCAUAACAAUCACGACGAAGUCAAAACGACCGUUCUGCACUGGUUGUCUCAUCAGGCGGCAACAUUCUUUGAGGAUGGAAUACAAAAGCUGGUCCCACGAUACGAUAAGUGUCUCAAUAUUAAUGGGAAUUAUGUAGAAAAGUAGUGUAAAAUAUGGACUUUCACAUAAAUAAAAAUUUUGUUAAAAAUGUUUGCUUGUUUUUUUUAUAUUUCAAAAUGGUACUUACUUUAAAAACACGCCUCGUAUUUGUGUUCCUUAAUUCUUUGUAGUACUGUGUGUCUGGUAGCUCCCACAUAUGUUUAAUUGUGUGUUAAAGUGAUGGUCCUCAAUUUAAAUUGC